AUGUCAGCCAGCUAUUGGAGCUCAACCCAACGCCGAUACUGGACAUUCACGAAGCCAGAACUUGCUGAGUUGAGACGCAAGCUUGACGAGCAAGAGCGGGGUUUGAUCACACAGUACCCUUUGCCGGAGCGGCGGCUGUUGAACAUCUACUUCAAUCUUCAAAUUGCUAAAAUAGGACGGCGCUUGCAAUCACCGGUAGUCCGGCAGCAAUGUCUUGCCACGGCGCAGGUGUAUGUUCGCCGCUUCUAUACAAAAGUCGAGAUACGCCGUACGAAUCCGUACCUGGUCUUAGCCACGGCACUCUACUUGGCCUGCAAGGUUGAGGAGCAGCCGCAGCACAUCCGUCACGUUCUUGGAGAGGCUUGUCAUGUGUGGCCUGACUUCAACCUGUCCGACAUCUCCAAGAUCGGCGAGUGCGAGUUUACGCUCAUAUCGGAGAUGAACUCACAGCUCAUCAUUCAUCAUCCCUACCGGAGCUUAGCAGAUUUGCAGAACAGCUUCCCGCUGGCGCAAGAUGAGAGCGCUUUGGCCUGGUCAGUAAUCAACGAUAGCUUCCUGACCGACCUCCCACUGCUCCACCCACCGCACAUCAUCGCGGUCACUGCCAUGUUCUUGGCAGUCGUGCUCAAGCCGAGUCAAAGCACCCUGCAGGUGAAUGCAGCAGGCGUCUCGGGUGCCUUGCAGGCUCUGAGCAAUCCACAGGCCGCGGCAACUCCUGCCGCCUCAAGCCGAAUGCGCAAGUUUGUAGACUGGCUAGCAGAUAGCAGCGUAGACAUGGAGGCAGUCGUCGACUGCACGCAGGAGCUGAUAUCUUUGUAUGAGCUGUGGGAGACGUAUAACGAGAAGGUCUGCAAGGAGCAGAUAGCGCGGUUUAUGAAGGCGAGAGGCCUGGACAAGUGA